GCGAGAGAGAGGUUUGCCACCUUCGCAACUGUGCCAAUGGCGACCUGCUGCAGCAUCUCCCUGCCGUCGUCGCCAUGGCUCCUCCUGCUGGCGGUCCUCAUCAUCGGCGACGCCGCGGCUGUGAUGGCGGUGCCCACCAGGCCGCUGCUGCGCAUCGCCGAGCCGCCAACCGCGCCGGGCACGGCAGCGGGGCCCGCCGGCGCGUCGCGGCCCGGGGGCGGCCGAGGCGGGAGGCUGCCUGACCGGUCGGUGGCCGGCGCCGAGGUGAUCCUCGCCGGGUUCGCUGCCGCGGUGAUGGUCAUCGUCUUCUGCUAUAUCAGGGUCACCAGGAGAAACAGCGGCGGCGUAGGACUGGGAGGGAAGCAGCAGCGCUUGUGAGGAUCCUACCCUGAGCUUCUAACGAGCGGAUUGGUCGUCCUAGGAUUUCUUUUUCUCAGUUCACGCUUUAGAGGCUCGUAGUAAAGGGUGUGUGGUGGCAUACUGGGAUGAGAAGACGGUAGAGGUAGUAUUAACCAUAUACAAUCUUGUCAGUCAAAACAACAUCGAUUAAAUAAAGUUAUGACUUAUGAA